AUGAAAGGCAAUGCCUCACUUGCCACCACCGACGUAAACAUCUGGUGCUGGACACGGGUCAAUCCUAACAACCCAAAGCAAGCCGGAAGCAAGCCGGAAGCACCCACGACACCUGUGCCCGAGAACACGGCGGCGCCCAAGAAGACUGCUGCUCCCAAGCCAGCAGAAUUAUGA